GAUUCCCUCGCGUCACUGGGAGGGGUUUCCCCGGCGGCCGGGGCCCAGCGCCCCGCGGGGUGCGGAGCGGAGCGGAGCUGCGGGCAGUCGGUGCGGGGCCGGCAGCGGAGCGCGGCGGAGCCAUGACCUCCCGCAGGUGGUUUCAUCCCAACAUCAGCGGAAUUGAGGCCGAGAAGCUGCUCCUGACCAGGGGUGUCCAUGGCAGCUUUCUGGCUCGACCCAGUAAGAGCAACCCAGGAGACUUCACUCUCUCUGUCAGGAGGAACGACGAGGUGACACACAUCAAGAUCCAGAACACGGGGGAUUACUACGACCUGUACGGAGGGGAGAAGUUCGCCACCCUCGCCGAGCUGGUGCAGUACUACACGGAGCAGCACGGGCUGCUGCGGGAGAAGAACAGCAACGUCAUCGAGCUGAAGUACCCCCUCAACUGCCAGGACCCCACCUCGGAGAGGUGGUACCAUGGGCACCUCACAGGCAAGGAGGCAGAGAAGCUCCUGACGGAGAAGGGGAAACCAGGGAGCUUCCUGGUGCGGGAGAGCCAGAGCAAACCGGGAGACUUUGUCCUCUCAGUGCUGACAAAUGAGGAUAAGCUGGAGACUGGGGACCGGAAACCACACGUGACCCACGUCAUGAUCCACUACCAGCCAGAUGGGAAGUAUGAUGUAGGGGGAGGAGAGAGGUUCGACACGCUCACAGACCUGGUGGAGCACUACAAGAAGAACCCCAUGGUGGAGAAAUCAGGAGCUGUGGUUCAUCUGAAGCAGCCCUUCAACGCCACGCGCAUCAACGCAGCUAACAUUGAGAACAGAGUGAAGGAGCUGAACAAGAUGGCAGACCACAGUGAGAAGGCCAAGCAAGGGUUCUGGGAGGAGUUUGAGAUGCUGCAGCAGCAAGAGUGCAAGCUCCUCUACCCCAGGAAGGAGGGACAGCGACCGGAGAACAAGGCUAAGAACCGCUACAAGAACAUCCUGCCCUUUGAUACCACACGCGUGGCGCUCCGAGACGUGGAUGAGAGUGUGCCCGGGUCGGACUACAUCAAUGCCAACUACAUCAAGAGCAUCCCUGAGGACGGAAGGAACUCGGAGCACUGCAAGAUCUAUAUAGCCACCCAGGGCUGCCUGCAGACAACAGUGAACGACUUCUGGACCAUGGUGUACCAAGAGAACAGUCACGUCAUUGUAAUGACAACCAAGGAGGUGGAGCGGGGCAGGAACAAGUGCUUCCGUUACUGGCCGGACAAGGGCUGCACCAAGGAGUACGGCUGCAUCUGCGUGCGGAACGUGAGCGAGCGGGAGGCCCAGGGCUAUUACCUGCGGGAGCUGGAGAUCCUCAGGACCGACAGGGAUGAGCGCCCGAGGCUGGUGAAGCACUAUCAGUACUUCAGCUGGCCAGACCAUGGCGUGCCCAAUGAGCCUGGAGGGGUUCUGAGCUUUCUGGACCAAGUGAAUCGGGCACAGCGAAGCAUUCCGGACACGGGGCCGAUCAUAGUGCACUGCAGUGCUGGAAUAGGACGCACAGGCACCAUCAUAGUGAUAGAUAUUCUGGUGGAUAUUAUUCACAGGCAAGGGCUGGACUGCGACAUCGACAUCCCCAAAACCAUCCAGAUGGUGCGGAGGCAGCGCUCGGGGAUGGUGCAGACGGAGGCCCAGUACAAGUUUGUUUACAUGGCUGUGCAGCAGUACAUUGAGGCUGAGCAGAAGAGGCUGGAGGAAGAACAGAGGAAUAAAAGGAAAGAACGGGACUACUUGAAUAUUGGCUACUCUCCCAUGGAAAAGGGCAGAGGCAAGGGACAGCCCCCUUCCCCACGGACCCACACUGUGGUUGAUGAGGAGUCAGCAUCCGUCUAUGAGAACCUGAACAUCAAAAGCCCAAAGGUCUCAGGGCUGAGUAACACGGGGCGAUAGAGGAGCCGGUGGGAGCUGCGUGGAGGCUGUGCAGGUUUUACAGCGUUUACAUCCACCCUUUCCAAGUCCUGCGACUGCAGAUGGUUUCUUUUGCCUUCCCAAGCACCUUGGAUUGAGUGAGGAAGCAAGAAGCUGAGUAAGAAGCAAGCAGAACCUGCACCUACGAAUGUGCCUUGACUUAACUGAUGAGAAGGACCUUGUCCUGUUCUCUCCUGGAGCAGGAGGUUGAGGUUUCUAUGGAAGUGCCUCUGGACAUUCAUUAGGCAUCAAGGCUCAGUUUUAAUUACGUGGGGUUUAAUUUAAGAUCCUUGUUUUUUACACACAUUGUUCAAGGGAAUGGAAAGGGCUGUUUGCUUCGGAGCUUCCCCAGGGCUGCCCAUUCAGGGCAUUAGUAACACGUUAGUACACUGUCAUGUUUUCAUUAGGUCAAUCAUUUCUAAGCUUAGAAGUGUUCUUAGGCUAAAUCCUGGGGUAACUUUGCUGCCUGUGAGAAAGGGAGAGAAGCAGAGAGCGCUGCACAGACCUCUGUGCAUUCUCCUUCUCACACUUCCUUUUGGCUGUACCACUUGUAGAUGUCUAUGCAACCCUGCCAAAGCACACCGAGCAGUCCCUGCUGCUGCCAUAGCACAGUGAUUGCACGUGUGUGUGUGCCUGAGAGCCCACAGACUGCUCUGCCCAUGGGUUUUAUAGCAGAGCUGAGAGGCAGAGGUGAGCAUCCCCAUCCUUAGGGGGGUCUGAAUGUGAAACCCACCUGGCUGAAGGGUGCUGAGGCAGCUGUGGCUGCGGGCUGUGCUGUUAGCCACCCCUAGGGAGUAACAGCCUAACCUGAGCUGAACCUGUUGAGCUGGGGCCCUCUAAGCUUGAUGCAGCUCUGCAUUACCUUGCUGCAUGACUUCUUUCCCCCUCCCUUCAACUAUAUGACAAGGCAAGUGUUGUGUCUGCUGAGUAGGGGUGGUGCAGGAGUGUUUGUGACUUGACCAGUGCCAUGAAGAUGAGUGUGUUACUGAGUGGAGUAUUCCAGCUCUUGCUGAUAAGCCUUAACUUGCGACUGCCAGUGCUUCCUGCUGUUCCAGCCCUAAAGGCCAGCCAAUAGUCCUGCCAAAGAACCCCUUCCCAUCAGUGUCUGACCCUGUGGGGAGCUUUGGGGCUGAGUGCUGGUGCCUGAACCUCCAGAGCAUGCAUGGGGCUGGUGUUGAUGUCCUCCUGAUCUGGAGCUGGAUGGACUUGCUGCAUGGUUGGGGUGGUUAGUGCCUGGAGUGCCGGCUCCAAGUGUUGAAGCAAAGCACAAUGACAUACCUUGGCUGUAUUUCCUGGCUGGUCUUUCUGCUCCCUUGCCAUAGGGACAGGAGAACUGUUCCUUCUUAUUGCACUUUGAAUAAAUGUUGAAUAUUCUC